AUGGCUAUUACUCAGACGGUUACUGAAUUGAGUGUUGCCGAGGACACCAUCAAAGUUCAGGUGGCUGCUUCUAGCGGCAAGCACCUAUUGGCAGAUCCCGGUAAUCAUCCAGCGGAGCAUUUCGAGGGCCAGAUGUCGCGGCUAAGGUUUCAAACAAGGCAAUAUCUGACUAGAUUCACAGAUAACCAAUCAGAUUUCAUAUAUUCUUUACAGGAAAAGCACAGAACGCCUUUUAGAGAUGUUUAUUUCAAGUACACUUCGGUUAUGGGUUCUCAUAUGUUUUAUGUUAUUGUGCUUCCCAUGCCUGUGUGGCUGGGAUACCGCGAUUUAACUCGGGACAUGAUCUACGUUCUUGGUUAUUCAAUAUAUUUGAGUGGGUACUUGAAGGAUUAUUGGUGCCUACCAAGACCAAAGUCGCCACCAGUGGAUAGAAUCACGCUAAGUGAAUACACUACGAAAGAAUAUGGUGCACCCAGUUCACAUUCUGCUAAUGCUACCGCGGUAAGUUUAUUAUUUUUUUGGAGAAUAUGUUUAUCAGACACACUGUCAUGGCCAACAAAGCUUAUUUUACUGAGUCUGGUUACUUUUUACUACUUCACUCUGGUUUUUGGUAGAGUUUACUGCGGUAUGCAUGGUAUGCUGGAUUUAUUUAGUGGUGCCGCAGUUGGAGCUAUCUGUUUUUUUAUGAGGAUUUGGGUAGUUCACGUUUUACGAAAUUUCCAGAUUGGUGAGUGCCUCUGGUUCCCUCUUCUGAGUGUAACAUGGGGCCUGUUUAUUCUGUUUAACCACGUCAGGCCUAUCGAUGAAUGCCCCUGUUUCGAAGACAGCGUAGCUUUCAUUGGGGUAGUCAGUGGGUUGGACUGUAGCGAUUGGUUAACCCAAAGGUACGGAUGGAAUCUUGCAUGUAGUACGUACGGAUCAUCCGGUCCCAAAGUGUUCUUGAGGCCUCUGGUAGGUGUCGCAUCCGUGAUUGUUUGGAAAGACGUCAUUAGCAAGACAGCUGUCUACACGCUGUUGAUUAAACUAUUGAGAUUUCACGAUGAUAGAGGCGAAAAGGCACAUUUGCAUAACGAGACAAGUGAAGAAGAAGAGUGUUCAUUGUACGUCGGCGUUCCUAAGGUGGAAAUCAUCGGAAGAUUUCUCAUAUAUGCAGGUAUCCCUACAACCGUUUUUCUAUUAUGCCCAGUUUUUUUUACUUGGACAAAUUUAAGCUAG